UAUCGGGAUUAUCACGAAGAUCUGUCAGUGUCAGAACAUAACCUCAAAGUGCUCCACUAAAACAACACAUUUGAAUUUUUUUUAAAAUCUUCAUAAUAUUGAUUUUAUAUCUGCUGAUAUAUUAUAUUGAUCCUCAAACUGAACAAUUUGUAUUUUCUAUCGAGACCAAAAGAUGCUAUAAUUUGCAGCUCACUACUGGCUAAAAAAGCUAAAUGGAAGUGCCAGUGCCAGAUCCAGAAGAAACAAUGACAUACUCAACGCAUAUCGAUUUUUCUAGAGACAGAUACCCCUUUUGUAUUGUAUGGACCCCAAUACCAUUUUUGACAUGGAUAUUUCCAAUCAUUGGCCAUAUGGGUAUUGCACUAUCAUCUGGGGUAAUAAGGGAUUUCGCUGGACCUUACUUUGUCUCAGAAGACAAUUUUGGAUUCGGGAGGCCUACAAAAUUUUGGCAGCUUGAACCAUCUUUAGCAAGGGGUGGAAUAAGUGGAUGGGACGCAGGUGUUACUGAGGCAUCUGAAAUAUAUAAGGGUCGUAUGCACAAUUUAUUUUGUGAUAACUGCCACUCACAUGUUGCAACUGCUCUGAAUAUUAUGCAAUACAGUGGUUCUUCAAAUUGGAAUAUGGUGAAGUUAGCAAUUCUUAUGAUAUUUUAUGGGAAAUAUGUUUCAUUCUGGACAUUUAUUAAAACAUGGAUUCCUUUCAUUAUAUUAGUAUUAUCAGCUAUCCUCAUGAUAUAUUUUCUGUGAUUUCUUGAUUUGAGAGUCCACUUGAUACAGUCAUGGAACUUGUACGUACCUGCUUGUUGAAUCCAUCUCAAGGCAGAUAUCACAUGAGGAAAUAAUAAUUGUUCAGAAAACCUCUAUUUUUUCCCAGUUAAUAUUUAGGUGGGUUAAGUUAUUUUUCUUAUCCCAAAUGUAUCCUAGUGUGUGUAUUAUUGCAUUGUGCAGUCCCAAGACAAAGUAUUUUGGACCAAUCAAUAUCUGUAAUUGAGAUGUGAUACCUAGUUCUAUCAGUACCUAAUUUAUUAUAAUGCCAGGAAAUAGAUAAUUGUAGAUAUAUGAAAUGAGAAAAUAUCAUUGUUUCAUGUUCUUUUUUAUUAAAAUACAAUUACAUUUUCUUGUAGGUAUAUUGUAUUGAAAUAAUAAAUGCUAAACAGAUAACUCAGUCAGAAAUAUUUGUAUUGAUAGUGCACCAGGUUGUUCCAUAAAUAAUUUAACCAUUUUGCCACUGACUAUGCUACAUAAAGUUCUGCAAUUACU